AUGGUAUUUGCGCGCCGUUCAAUCUUCCGCGCUGCGACUGCAGCUCAGUCUUUCCGUAUCUCUUCUGUUACCCGCCAAUCGGCCCAGAAUCUUGGUCGCCGAUUUAAGUCUACUGGCGGCAGCUAUGAGCCAGGACGUGCAUCCAGUGACUUGCCUUGGUUGGCGGCCUCUGCUGCUGUGACUGUUCCAAUGGUCUUCUAUCUCUGGCCUUCCAGCUCGGAGGGACACCACGACGUUCACGGGGAUGAACAUAAAGGUGCGCACACAAAGGAUGAUGAGGUAGAAAAGGCUUCCAAUGAGAAAUCCGAGGGUUCUUCUGAGGCUGCACCUAAAAAGGAGAAGACAGGCUCCGAGGAUAAGGGCGAGAAUACAGCGGAUAAGAAGCAAGAGCCCGACAACAAGGAAGAAAAUAAGAAGAAGGAUGAGUCCAAGGAGAAGGAGGAGGAGUCUAAGGAGGAGAAGCCCAAGGAGGAGAAGCCCAAGGAGGAGAAGCCCAAGGAGGAGAAGCCCAAGGAGGAGAAGCCCAAGGAGGAGAAGCCCAAGGAGGAGAAGCCCAAGGAGGAGAAGCCCAAGGAGGAGAAGCCCAAGGAGGAGAAGCCCAAGGAUGAUGGCUCUAAGGAAAACCAGGAUGACAACAAAGAUGACCCCAAGAAGGAAGCACCUAAAAAGGACGCAACUGAAAAAAAUGAGGGCGAGUCAAAGAAGUGA